AUGGAAUCGCUGGAUGCUUGGGUUCAUCAACAGCACUUUGAAAAAUGGAGCGAUAAAUAUUUUAAAACUCAAGAGAACCGAAUGAACAACGCACUGGUGACCCAACUGAUCACCACCACUCUUCGCCAGCAACAGCAAGCGAGAACAACAACAGCAGUCAACAAUUUGCUUCAAAAUGCGCGAAGAGCUCAAAAUAACCUUCCAGACGUUUUCACCGCUCGAGUCACAAUUCCUGCAGUUUUUCGAAGAAUUCUAGCAGAACUCAUAGACUCCUGUUUCAUCAUGCUUGCAAAGAUAAUUUUCCUGCUGAUCAUCUACUCCGAUUCCUUCGCCACGAUAUUUUCCCCUUCCCAAGAAGUGCUCGAAAACGUCAUCGCCGAUUUGACCUCAACUUUUCUCCUCCAAACGACUUUUAUCGACGAAGUUUACUACGAUGAUAUCGCACAAAUGGACUUUUCAAACGGAAUGGGCGACGAUCUGCUUACUUCUUGGCUGACGCUUCUCAACUUCAAAGUGAUGGUGAUUUUCUACGAGACGUACUGUACUUAUCAAUGGGAAGCCACUUUAGGAAAACUGAUCUGCGGCAUGAAAAUCGUCCACGUCAAGUCACACAGCCACCUUCAAUGGGAAGCAGACAACCGUCACGUGAAAAUCCUCGAGUGCCAAAAAGUCGGAUUGAAAGGCGCUUUCUGCCGCUCCUUAUUCAAGAAUCUCUCCGCUCUGCUCAUGAUCAAAAGAUGGAAAGCUCAAGAAAAAUCGCGGUCGGUGAAACCAACUCAAAGAUUAACAAUGGCGGAAACCGAAGCUGUUCCAAAAACCGAAGAAAACACCGUUGAUUUGAACCCUACUGCGGAUCAGUCCACCGAAAUCGACCUUGAAUACGACUUUGAGAACUACCCAGAAACUUUCUUCGAAAACUUCAGCAGCACAAAAGAUCAGAAAGUCUUCAACAACGGCUCGCUAGUCUGCAUUUCCAGCGAGAAACGAGUUCGAUUUCCCUGUUGCAUUUCCGCGCUUUCUAUCAGAAUUCCGAAGCUCAACCAGGAAUUUCACAAGGCGAAGAAGAGAAUGCUCGAAACUGGCUUUUUGAACACUUCUAUUGAUCUACAACUCCCCGAUUUUCGACAGGAAAAUACGUCUUCUGCCGAAACCGCGCUGCGAAUAAUCUUCCAGUACGUCUUCCACGGUCACUUUAAUGUCUCUCCGAUGGCGAUAAAAAACGUCGCCGUCCUCGCCGCCUAUCUUGAAAUCGACCCGAUCCUCGAAGCUCUGCCGACCGCGGCGGAGAAUUUGGACAUUUCAGACUUUGACAUCGAGGUUUACAAAAAGAUCGCGAGUGGGUUGGGCGAAAUGAGUGUGGUUGGACUCGAGAAGUUUACGAAUGUCUUUGGCGGGCAAAAACGAAACAAGCCAGCCCAAAAGCGCACAGCCGCGAAUACUGCCACUCUUCAAGAAGCAAAGAAAGAAAGCCCGCAGCCAAAGAAACAGCGGCCUUCCGAAGAACCCGUUCCAGAUGAAAACUCGUUUGUCAUCAGAGAUUCCAUGGCAGAAGAAGAUAAAGAGGAGGACAAAAUGGAGACGACGACAGAUGCAGGAGAGAUCCCGGGCUUGGAGGAGCCAAAAGAAGGAGAAAAAGAAGAGGAAAAGGCAGAAGAAAAGAAGGAAGAGGAAGCAGCAGCGGCGGAGGAAUAG